AUGGCUCUAGGACAUUCCACCCCUUUUGCAGAUAACAUCAUGAGAGCACCAAGGGAACCCAAGGUUAAGCCGCCCAACAUUGACGCCUAUGAUGGGACUACAGAUCCAGACAUGCAUCACUUAGGUUACCGGCAUCAUAUGUAUGUUCAAGGAACAACCGACUCAACUUGGUGUAAGUAUUUCCCGGGUACACUCAAAGGAGUAGUGUCUAAGUGGUUUGAGAGGCUUCCAGCUGGAACCAUUUGCUCUUUCUCGGAGCUCGAGUUAUUAUUUUCUACUCGGUUCAUGGCUCACAAGGAAGAGAAGAAGACGAGCAUGAAUUUGAGUCGAAUUCAGCAAGGGAAAGAUGAGUCUUUGAGGAGCUAUGUGAAAAGAUUCAACUUAGAAGCAGGGAAAAUCCCAGAUUUGCCGGAUGGUGUUGCAUUUGAUAACUUCAUUAGAGUGCUUAAGAAGGGCUCAUUCAAGUUUGAUCUGGUAAAGAAAAGUGUGCGAACCAUGGCAGAGGUGCUAGAUGAGGUCGAGGACUUUAUCCACGCAACAGAGAUUCGCAGCUUCCCGAAAGAGCCUCGAGGAAGUGAUACCGUUGAGCCGGCAGCAAAGAAAGAAAAAUUUGAGAAGAAGAGCCGGCCUAAUGGGACUUGGGCUAUUGCAAAAGAGUCAGACAGGGCUCCCGGGGCGGCAGGCUAG